CGGGCGGCUGCCACCUUUCCCCAGCCCGAGCUGCAGAUGUGGCGGAGCGGCGGGGCGCCGGGCGGCCGUGCCAGGGGAGCCAGCAGAGCCUUCUGAGCCCCGCGGCCGCCUUGCCCCCCGAGCCGCCAUCCUCUCCCCCCUCCCCCUUCCCCAGCUCCCCUCCCCGACCGCAGGAGCCCGCAGCCCAGAGAGAGAGGACCCAAACCCGGCUCGCCGCCGCCUCGCGGGGUCCCUCCAGCUAGAGGUUCCUGCCUGCCCCCCAUCCCCUUCCCUCCUGCCAGGGAGUGUCUCUCCUGCACCCACACCGGCCCCUGGUUGACACCAUGCACUCUUUGGACGAGCCGCUGGACCUGAAGCUGAGUAUCACCAAGCUUCGAGCAGCGCGAGAGAAGCAGGAGUGGGCUCUGGGACACGUCCGCCACCGGACCCUGCACCGGGAGCUCGGCCUGGUAGAUGAUGGCCCUGCCCCUGCAUCCCCUGGAUCCCCUCCUUCAGUCUUGGGCCACCCUGAUUUCCUCCCCUCCCACUCAGGAUUCUUGCUGAACCCCAAGUUUCCUGAGAAGGGGGAUGGCCGCUUCUCAGCAGCACCGCUGGUGGAUCUAAGCCUGUCACCGCCAUCAGGACUGGACUCUCCCAGUGGCAGCACCUCCCUGUCUCCUGAGCGCCAGGGUAACGGGGACCUGCCACCCACUCCUGCUGCCCAUGACUUCCAGUCUCUUCGUUACAUUGAUGGAGUUCCCAGUUCCUUCCAGUUCUUCUUGCCACUGAGCUCAGGGGGGGCACUGCAUCUGCCCUCCUCCUCCUUCCUUACCCCACCUAAGGAGAAGUGCCUCUCUCCAGAUGUGCCCCUGCAAAAGCAACUUGUCUGUCGCUGGGCCAAGUGUAACCAGCUCUUUGACCUGCUGCAAGACCUGGUGGACCACGUCAAUGAUUUCCACGUCAAACCGGAGAAGGAGGCUGGCUACUGCUGUCACUGGGAGGGCUGUGCCCGCCAUGGCCGAGGAUUCAAUGCUAGGUACAAGAUGCUGAUCCACAUCCGGACUCAUACUAAUGAGAAGCCACAUCGAUGUCCCACCUGUAACAAGAGCUUUUCUCGCCUAGAGAACCUUAAGAUUCACAAUCGAUCACACACAGGGGAGAAGCCGUACAUCUGCCCUUACGAGGGCUGCAACAAGCGUUACUCCAAUUCAAGUGACCGCUUCAAGCACACACGCACCCACUACGUGGACAAGCCCUACUACUGCAAGAUGCCUGGCUGCCACAAACGCUACACAGACCCCAGCUCCCUGCGCAAACACAUCAAGGCCCACGGCCACUUCGUCUCCCAUGAGCAGCAAGAGCUGCUCAAGCUUCGACCACCCCCUAAGCCCCAGCUGCCCACUCCAGACAGCCCCUACGUCAGUGGGGCCCAGAUCAUCAUCCCCAACCCUGCUGCACUCUUUGGGGGCCCAGGCCUUCCUGGUCUGCCUGCCUCCUUGCCCCUGCCCUUGGCGCCUGCCCCCCUUGAUCUAAGCACCCUGGCCUGUGGUGGGAGCAGUGGUGUAGGACCUGGUCUCCCAGGACCUGUACUCCCCCUCAACUUGGCUAAGAACCCACUGUUGCCCUCACCCUUUGGGGCUAGUGGGCUGAGCCUGCCUGUUGUCUCUCUACUUGCAGGCUCUGCGGGGGGAAAGGCUGAGGGUGAAAAGGGGCGCGGGAUGGUAGGUGCUAAGGCUCUGGGUGCCGAAGGCCGCAAGAUUCCCGGAGAGAGGACUGAGGGUGGCCGUGUUCGGUCUGGUCCAGAUGGACUUUCCCUGCUGCCAGGUACCGUGCUGGACCUAUCUACAGGCGUGAACUCAGCAGCCAGUCCUGAAGCGCUACCUCCUGGCUGGGUGGUCAUCCCACCAGGCUCUGUGCUACUCAAGCCUGCUGUGGUGAACUGAUGUCCUGAGGUCAACCAUGGCCAGGGAGAGGGAAAAGGACUGGACAGAGACUCCUCCCCUCAGCCAGUCACGACGAACGGAAAUUCUUCUGAGAAAUAGCAAUAAUGUCCUCCCUCAGGGCUCGGCCAUAUCUGGUCCAGUCCCGGUGAGGUGGGCAGGAGGUAACCAGGACACACUGGCAAGAGGCAGGCCUUGGCCUGGGGCUAGCUUUGUGCUUGUGUGUACAGAUAAAACCCAUGUGGACAGAAACAGGUCACUCUAGGGGCUCCUCAUCUCCAUGGCCUCUGAAAUGAUGGCAUGGAAGGAGAAAGGUGAAUCCCAUCAGAUAAAAAGCAAAGCAGUUUUGGCCUACAGUGAGCACCUCAGAUCCUAUUGACCUCUCUCCCCAUCCAGCUCCUCUGCCUUCAGCAGAGGGUCUGGUCCCGAUUCUCUCUAGGGAGGGAACCCCAAUAGCCAGUCCCUUUGUCCAUGCUGCACCAAAUCUACUCCUCUGCUCUCCCUCCUCAGUUUCCCUUUGGGAAUGCUGCUCCGCUGUCUGGCUCUUGGCAUUCAGGUCUAACCUUCCAUGAUUAUCUGGUGCCAACUGACCACUGUCCCAUCACAUUCUCCUUCCGGCCAGACAUGCUGCCUUCAUAGCCUGAGUGGGAGGGAGCUAGGUCAAAGGACUAGCAUCUCACUCUCAGCAAUGGAGGCCUCAUCCCUGACAUUUUAACCCCAUGGCUGCCUGGAGAAUCCCAAUGGUCCCCAUAGCCUCUCCUUCCUCCUCUUCAGAGCUGGCCCCAGCCCAGCUUUGGGAGACUACAGACGCCUCUCCUUCUAGACCCGCUUUUCAGAGGGAGAGCAAGACAGACGCAGACCUUGGCAGUGCCAGGAGAGAACAGGUCCUUCCCUUUCCCCUCCCUGCUGAUUGACAAGGUAUCUCCCACCCUAGGGGUAGGGUGGGAGGGCUGCUCCCCCUAGCUCUGUCAACUUUGUGCUGAGGAAGAGGACCAAGGCAGGCAGAGCUCCCUCCUGCCCCUCUCAUAAAGCCGUGCCACCCAACUCAGGCCAUCAGGGCAGAAUCCUUUGUUUCCUGGCUGGGCAAAAAAACUUGAGACCCCAACUCUGGGGUGAGGAGAGGCCUCACCAGGGCUGGGGCAUUCCCAUAGCCAAAUAUCUUGGAGACGGUAGCCCUGGAAAUCCCCGAAUCUGCCUCUCCUGAACUUCUUUUUCUUUUGAGGUUCAACUACAAUAUGGUUGCUUAAGGUCACCACACUGAUGUUUUCACAGUAAACAGGAGAGGAAUAGAGGAAUCUGAUCCAUCCUGAGGUGGUUUUCAGAUCAGCCAUGGUGCUCGGCUGCCAAGCCCCAUCAUUCCCUGCUGUCACCCUUCUAUGUAGGACCUCUGCCUGGGGAAAAGGAUGGGCAGAGAACAUGAGUUAGGGUUGCCGUGCUGCUUCUAGAAUUCUGUUGCUUUCCCUUGGCCAUCCAUUUCCUAGGAGACCCACUAAGCCCAUGGGCUUAGUGCAGGGAAGUGGGUUCUAACCUAGCCUCAGCCUUUGCUGGGGCUAGCAGAAGACGGAGGGCAUUGUCAAGACCGCUUACCAGGAAGGCAUUCUGGCUGGGUUCUCACAUUACAGAAUUAGAAGGGAAGAGAGCAGAAAGGUUGUUAGGACCAAGAAGCAGUAAGGAGGUAGGGCAGUAACUAGGUAGGGUGUUCGGUGGGGUCAGCCAGCGACACUCAGGACCAGAAGGAAAGUAGAGGUACCCUCCUAAAUGGCCCAUGGCUUCCAUCACUGGCUAUUUCAGAGCGGAACAGGCUCAGCUUGCUAGAAUAACUUUGGUUGGAGCCACCUGGUUGAAGCCUUGAAUCCUGGAGGUUGUGGCUGUGGUUUCAACUCAGUUUGUAUGGGAGGUUAACCAUCUGUGAUCCUAAGGAAUUCAGCUGGGAGAUAGCAGAAGAUGAAGAAAACCAGCAUUCUGACCCCACUAUUUCCACUGAUGGGUCAGCCCAAGCCAUUCCAUUUCUCCCUGUUCCCAGCCCCAUGCUGCUCCAAACCCCUUGGCCUUGUAAAUUCUGGGAGAUCUACAGCCAGAGAAAAAGGGACACUGCAUGUGUUAUUGGACCCCCCCCCCAAGGAUGGGGAGCUUCUUGGUCGGCUCCCCUGGUGUGCUACCCCCCCCUAUCUGUUUGAUGAUGGCUGGAUUGCCUGGACCUGAACCCUAAGUACUGUAAGCUCAUCUAAGACUCUCCAGAGCCAGAGAAGGCCUGGCCUGUACUGCAGGCAUGAAUAAGCUAAAGAAACCCUUUAGAUGAAAGGGCACCUCAGCAGGAUGCUCCUAGUCCUGGAUGAGGGUCCACUCCCAUAGCCCCGCCCUUCCUUGUUCUUCUCUGCCCACCACCCUCCUAUCCCAGCUGUGAGACAGUUAGGACUGCUCUCUCAGGAGAGCAUAACAUUGGCUCGCUCCCUCCCCGGGGGCACUUUACCUCUUGCCUCUCCUGAGGGAGCCUGGGUGUCAUAGAAAGAGCACUGGACUGGGGAGUCAGGAGAUCCAUAUACGAGCUCCCUGCUCUGCCACUGACUUAGGAUGUUCCGUCACCUAACCCUUCUAUUGACUUUAGUUCAAGUCACUUCUUUUGUCUGGACCUCAGUUUCCUCCUCUAUAAAAUGGGGUUGGACUAAAUGAUCACGAGUCUCUUCCCACUCUGACAUCCUUGAUUAUAUUUGCCUCUUCUCAUUUGGGUGGCUCAGUGCCGCCACACCCCCCCCCCCCCCCCCCCCCCGACUGCCCUUCUGUCACAGAGGGGUCACUCUGUCCUGGCCCUCGCCUCUGCUGGGCUUUCAAACCCCAGACUGUGAUCACAUUACAGCAGCUGGGGUUUCCCACUGAAGAGGGGACACAAGUAUGGAAGGAGGGAGCUGGUCUUCCUCCUUCAGUCCCCUACUAGGAACCAGACACGCCACCCUCACCCCAACCACCUCAGGGCCCCAGGCCUUAAAUGACUGGCUGGCUCAGUGCUAGGGCCCACAGUUACCCCUAGACAGGGGUAUUUGCCCUUCCUGACUGGCAGGAGUGACCAUCGAGGGUUGGGGGUGGUGGUUUGAGAUUCAAGCCCAUGGAGAAUAGCAACAUGGCACUCAAAGAGUUAACAUUAGCUCAGCAUGUGAUUUGGUGAUAGACUAGGCUUUAAAGGGCCGGUGUACUUUUUUUGUUGUCAUUGUUGGUUUGUUGUUGCACAUUCCAAGAUAUCAGUAUUUUAACAGUUUCUAAGUGCCUUUCUAUUGUAGCUUACGUUUUUUCCUCCUCUUGGCUCCAUUGCUGUUAGCAUAGAGUUAAAAAAAAAGAGAGAUAAGCUAAUGACUAUAACAAUAUAUUCCUCCAUGUGAGAGGAAGUUUAUAAAGAAACAAUAAAAGUGA